AACUAUCUCUCAUAAUAUUAGAAUCAGAGAUGACCAGUCAAGAGAAAAGUAUGAUAUUCAAUCUCAUUUGCAAAUAGACUAUCCAUUUUGCAUAUAUAUGAGAAUAUACAUUUUAGUUUGAAUGUGAAAGAUGAAAACAUUAUUGUGAUACUUUGAGAUCCCAGAAUUCUGAUGUAAAACCCACCCACCGAACCACACACACACCUGCAUACACCUUCACAAAACCUACAGGGUUCAGAGGAAUAGAUGGGAGGGACGAGGAUAACUUCAUCAGAUCAUCAUCUUUAGUCAUUACUAUUUCAGAAAAGUAUGCCCGCCGACUAGGGCGCCACCAGGAAGUCAGCCUUGUGAGAGCCGAUGGAAGGCAUUUUCUCCUUUCCAUCUUCUGCUUGUCCAAAGAAAGAGCAGGAGCGGAGCUCCCUCUGUGCACCGGGAGGAGAACGACAAGCAGCCACUUCUUCCUGUUUCUCUCCUCCGACUCUGGCUGUUGCACCAGCGGUCACCUCUGAGAGCUGCUUUGCGGUGCCUGCGAGAGCGAGAGAGAGAGGGGGAAAGCAGCCGAGCGCAGCGUGGCGCACCCGGUUUCCCGUCUUCUACAGCGCCUGCGCCUUCAGGCACUUCGCCGCGCUGCUCCUUCCGAGCCGGGGAGUCUCUGGCGGGUUGCGGUGACAUUGUCGGAAGGAGGGGAAAGGGAGGAGACUUGGGUGGGAGGAGGCGGCGCCGAGGGGAAGAGCGCGCGCCUUGCUUUGCGUCCCCGGCUUGUGUGGGAGCUGCGGGGCAACCAACUUAUCCUCGCGGCGCGCGCCAGCUCUGGCGCUCGGGGACGGGACCGGAGCUAGCCGCUGGGCAGAGUCCCGCCAUUUGCACCCGCUUUUCUGAGCACUUUUCUCCCGCGCUUGGCCAGAGGCUGCUGGAAGGAAGCUACGGACUAUAAAUAGCUCCGGCUACGGACGGAGUCGCUGCGUGCAACGGACUGGGAAAGCACGGCUACAGUGACGUGUCGGCUUUAAGGAGGGACCACCAGAGCCAGAAGAGAAAUGGUGUCAUCUGAAAGGAAGCCUGCUCUUUCUAAUGUAAAGUAAGACAAAGAGUUUGAAGUGUCUGAAUUAAUGAUCCUGGAAGACUGAUGUGUUGUGGAAUUCAGGAGGAAGGCAGAUGUUUCAGUAGUCUCAAAUUUCAGGCUGGAGAACCAGAUCUUUAUCUUAAAGCUGCAUCAAGGACUGCCUGUGAAUUUUGGGCCGUGGCACUCAGGCAAGUUCUGAAGACCUGUGAAUUAAAAACUGUCAGCUUCAGAGACUGAUCAUGGAUAUCAAAGAAGAGAGAACACCAGAGGAAAUACAGCAAUUUCUUCCAUCUGCACAACCAGAUAGUCUUGCAGAAUUUAAACUCACAGGUCUCAAGAAGACUGUUAGUGAACCAAAGUUUGAAUUCAGUCUUGCAUGUAAAGAUUUAGUGGCUCCGACACGGGAUCGAAAACUGAAUACAUUUGUGCAGAUCACGGUGGUACAUCCAGGGGAGCAGAACCAAACAAGAUAUGCAAGCACGGAAAUUGUGGAGGGAACAAGAGACCCACUGUUUCUGACUGGUGUGACGUUCCCACCAGAUUACCCUAUCUAUGAAGAGACUAAAAUAAAGCUAACUGUCUAUGAUGUCAAGGAUAAAUCUCAAGACACAGUUCGGAGCAGUAUCCUGGCAGAAAACAAAGAUCCAAGGACAGAUAGUGGGCGAAGUUUCCUGGGUUGUGCUACUUUUAAAGUAGGCGAGUUGGUGAAGUCAGAAGAGCAACAGUUGACUCUUAGCCUGAGGAGUUUGGAUGGUGGGAAGACAUUUGGCACUAUAGAUGUCAGAUUUAUAAACAUGGGGAAGACUGAGGAUGGGGAAUCAGAUCAGAGCCCAACAGAUGGGCAGGAACAAAAGGUAAAAACACAGUGUGCCUUGGUUUAUUCAUGUUCAUCUCCAGAAAACAUAAUUAGUAAAGAUAAUUUACCAUUAUUAAAUGCAGUGUUAAAAAACCCAAUCUGUAAAUUAUAUAGAUUCCCCACUUCUGACAACAAGUGGAUGUGUAUACGAGAACAGAUGUUUGAGAGCAAUCUUUCUUUUCAUGUUCCCAAGGAACUCAUCAGCCUACACAUAAAGGAGGAUCUGAGAAGGAAUCAGGACCUUAAAGAACUUGGGGAACUCGCUCCACAUUGGGACAAUAUGCGUAAAAAUGUUAUUGCACACUGUGAUCAAAUGUUGACCCUGUACCAAAAUAUGCUUGCAGAACUUGGAAAAUAUACAGGCUCUUCUUUCAAAUCAAGUUGCAGUAAAGGAGAGAAAACACUAGAAUUUGUUCCAAUAAAUCUACAUCUGCAGAGAAUGCAUGUGCACAGCCCUUGUUUAAAAGAUGUUCUUUAUGAUGUCAUCACUGUAGGCGCUCCUGCAGCACAUUUUCAGGGGUUUAAAAAUGGUGGUCUUCAGAAAUUAUUGAAUAAAUUUGAAGCGGAAAGACGAAAGCUGUCCUUUUCAAGUGGAGAGUCAUCGUCUCAGACUUUCUUAGGCUCAGGCAGGCUCCUGAAGCCUGAAGAAUUCUCCAGAUCUAAGGAGAAUCCUAGAAAUUGUCCCAUACGACCUCUGGACAGCCUUUCACAGCCAGAAGACCUUGAAACAGAGACUUUCAGGAUUGACUGUACUGGGUACCAAUGUAUUUAUUAUUCACCUGAAAACACCGCCAAGGCAAGAGAAGUUCUCAGUAGCAUCAAUCAACUGCAGCCUCUCAUAUCAAGCCAUGCAGACAUGCUACUUAAUUCAGCAAGACAGCAAUCACCAGAAAGCUUGACGAAUUCCUUAAAGAUGCUUUCAGAAACUACAGAGUUAUUUGUGCAUGCCUUUAAGGAUCAGCUUAUCAGAAGUGCCCUUUUAGCUUUAUACACAGCCCGCCCUGGUUGUGUCUUAAAAAAACCAACUUUGCCAAGGAAUAGCACUGAAGAAAGUAGCGAACAGAAAAAUCAGGAUCAUCCAUCGCAGAUUAAGAGACAAGAUUCUAUACCUCAUCACUCGGAAUAUGAUGAGGAGGAGUGGGAUAGGGUGUGGGCCAAUGUAGGAAAGAGUUUAAACUGCAUUAUUGCAAUGGUGGACAGAUUGCUUGAAAAGAACAACAUUCCCAGCAUCAGUAAGGAAAAUGAAAAGGAACCUUCACCAGCAUCUCAUAUAAGUGGUGACUGGUAUGAACAACUGUAUCCUCUCACAGUUACGCUGAAUGACUGUAUUGGAGAAGUGGUGACUAGGGCAAAGCAGUCAAUGUCUUUUGUUCUGCUUCAGGAGCUUGCAUGUUGUUUGCCACAGUGUUUAAUGUUGACACUAAGAAGAGAUAUAGUCUUCAGUCAAGCACUUGCUGGUUUGAUCUGUGGAUUUAUCAUCAAGUUACACUCCAGUUUACGCGAUCAAGGCUUCCUCCAGCAACUUCAUACAGUGGGGCUAAUUGUUCAGUAUGAAGGACUUCUCAGUACAUAUAGUGAGGAAAUUGGGAUGCUAGAAGAUAUGGCUGUGGGAAUAUCCGACUUGCAAAAAGUCAUGUUUAAAAUAACCGAAGCUAAAUCGGAUGACCUGUUGCCUGUUAUAACAGGAAGACGGGAACAUUAUGUAAUAGAAAUCAAGCUUCCAGAAAAGAUGUUUGAGUUGCUUCCCCAGGAGAUUAAAGAUGGGAAACUGCUCUAUGUCUAUCCAGUCCUCUUUAAUGUUGGAAUCAAUGAACAACAGACGCUUGCAGAAAGGUUUGGAGAUACCUCCUUGCAAGAAAGCCUUAACCAGGAAAAUUUGGAAUUGCUAAAAGAAUAUUAUAAGUUAUUAAUGGAAAAAAUACCUCCUGAUUGCCUACCACAUUUUCAGGAACAGAAUGAUUUGAAAGGAUUACUAGAAAACCUUCAUCAAAAUAUUCAGAAAAAAAAGAAAGAAUGUAGAAAUCAUGUGGUUGGCUGCAACG